GGAAGGCGCACCAGAAAACAGGGCCAUCACUCACCAGACACUAUCUCUGUUUCGUUAUCCGUUUCCGGAUCGAAGAGCUGCGGACUCGUUAGGUAACCUGAGAGGCGAGCGGAAAUGGCGUCGUUGAUCUCUGCAGCUUCGGUUGGGAUUCUUCCGGCGUCUUUCAGAGAAGGGAAGCGGCCGCCGGCAACAUGGAGCCGAGGAAGCGGUGGCGGAGGAGGCCCGAUGACGGUGGAAUGUUCCUCUAGGCCGAAGAAGAAGGGGACGGCUCACCACAUGAAGACGAGGCCCAAGAAGACGCAGCCGUGGGACGUUAAGCGUAAGGGUCCAACUCUCUACCCUGUUCUCCCUCUUCUCCCCCCUGACUGGACUCUUGCCAUGUCCGACGACGGCGGCGAAGACACUGUGACUCCCGGCGAGCAGCGCCAGCUGAAGCCGGUUUCUGUUUCAACUGCCUCGGCCGUUUCUUUUUGAGUUGAGAAUUUUUGUUCACUUACUGUAUCGGGUUGGCUAUCUCUGUUCUGCUUUUCAAGUCAGCUAGAACUUCUUCGACCCUGUUAAGAAUGAGCAUUAGGUGUUUGAUUA